UGGAGGGAGUAAGAGUACUAAAAUCAAGACUCGAGAUUAGGCAUACUUUUCAAUCUCUCACUUUUUUUUUUCUUCUCUUUCUCUGCGUUAUUGAUUUCCGUUUCAAUUUUUUUCACUAUAAAUUUCUUCCAAAUCAUACUCCUGAAACUUUCCGUAACGAAAAAAACAAAAAAAAAAAAAACGAAAAACUAGCAACUGAAAACCCAGUAAAGUAAGACCCAACCUUAAACUUUACUACUACACUACACUGAUCCAGCUCUCUUUCUCUCUCUAAAUAAUCCAAAAACAGAGCAGAAGAAUGGGAAUUCGUUGCUCAAAACUUUGUUUAUGUUGUUGGUCUCAUUCUCACCGUAAGUUCAAUCAAUCACAUUCUAUUGAUCCUGAAAAGGGAGGGAAAGAAGAAAGUGAGUCACAACCGAGUUUUAUUGAGUUCAAAUUGGACGAGUUAAAAGAAGCUGCUUCUGGAUUUUCACAAGAAAAUAUUGUUUCUGAACAUGGUGAAAAAGCUCCUAAUUUUGUGUACAAAGGGAAGCUUAAUGAUGGCCGUUGGAUCGCCAUCAAACGGUUUCACAGGUCUGCCUGGCCUGACACCAGGCAAUUUCUGGAGGAAGCAAGAACAGUGGGGCUGUUAAGAAGUGAAAAAUUGGCAAACUUAAUUGGGUGUUGUUGUGAUGGUGAAGAGAGAUUGUUAGUUGCUGAGUUCAUGCCUAAUGAAACUCUUUCUAAACAUUUGUUUCACUGGGAAAAUCAUCCUUUAGAAUGGGCUAUGAGACUAAGAGUAGCAUUGUAUCUAGCACAAGCUUUGGAAUAUUGUAGCAGUAAAGGAAGGUCAUUGUACCAUGAUCUUAAUGCUUAUAGAGUUCUAUUUGACCAGGAAGGUAACCCUAGGCUUUCAUGCUUUGGCCUCAUGAAGAACAGCCGAGAUGGCAAAAGCUAUAGUACGAAUUUGGCUUUCACUCCUCCCGAGUACAUGAGGACAGGUAGAAUUUCCCCUGAAAGUGUUAUCUAUAGUUUCGGAACCUUACUGCUUGACCUGCUCAGUGGGAAACAUAUACCACCAAGUCAUGCACUUGAUCUCACACGAGUGAAAAACUUUAGGAUGCUGAUUGACUCUAAUCUGGAGGGCCAUAUCUCAGAUAAUGAUGGAACUGAAUUAGUACGAUUGGCAUCACGUUGCUUGCAGUAUGAGCCUCGUGAGCGGCCGAAUGCUAAGUCCCUCGUGACAGCACUCCUUCCGCUUCAGAAAGAAACCGAGGUUGCUUCUCAUGUUUUGAUGGGUAUUUCAGAUGGCACUGCAGCAGAGGAUUCACCUUCAUUAUCACCUCUUGGUGAUGCUUGUUCUAGACAGGAUCUUACAGCCAUACAUAAAAUAUUAGAAGAUAUUGGAUACAAGGACGAUGAGGGAAUUGCAAAUGAGCUUUCCUUCCAAGUUUGGACGAAUCAAAUUCAAGAAACACUUAACUGCAAGAAACAUGGAGACACUGCUUUCAAUGCUAAAGAUUUUGCUACUGCAAUCAAGUGUUACACUCAGUUUAUUGAUGAUGGGACGAUGGUUUUGCCAACUGUGUUUGCACGACGCUGCUUAUCUUACUUGAUGAGUAAUAUGUCGCAAGAAGCGCUAGCAGAUGCCAUGCAAGCUCAAGUAGUAUCGCCUGAAUGGCCGACUGCACUUUAUCUCCAAGCGGCUGCUCUUUUCAGCCUUGGAAUGGACAGUGAUGCCAAAGAAACUCUCAAAGAUGGAACGUCCUUAGAGGCCAAAUGGAAGAAACAUUAAAUUUGUAUAGAACUUUCUUAUAUUCUGGGUUUCUAAAAGGUUCCAUAAAUAUUGUAUCUAUUUGAAAUUUCUCAGUUGUGAGUUUUAUUUGCGUAAUUAGAAACAUAAAUUCAUAUAAAAGGUUCUAUUGACUGCCAUUUCAUCUCAAAGUAAAGUCUCUUUUGCUAAUGCCAUUGUUCAAUAGUCAUCAGCGUUUUAUCGAGGAUGGGGAACCAAACUUAAAGCCUUUUUUCCCGGCGUGGUUUCAUUUGGCACAUGCGUGUACUAUUCUUAUUAUCAUCGACAGCGAUG